AUGAUCCCCCCUGAGCCGCCGCAGCAGCAGCUGCAGCCACCACCGCCGGCCCCGCCGAACCAUGUGGUGACCACCAUCGAGAACCUGCCGGCCGAGGGCAGCGGUGGCGGCGGCAGCCUGUCCGCGUCCUCCCGGGCUGGCGUACGCCAGAGGAUCCGCAAAGUGCUGAACAGGGAGAUGUUAAUCUCUGUGGCUCUGGGACAGGUGUUAUCCCUUCUUAUUUGUGGAAUUGGCUUGACCAGCAAGUACCUGUCAGAAGAUUUCCAUGCCAAUACACCAGUCUUCCAGAGUUUCCUCAAUUACAUCCUUCUCUUUUUGGUCUAUACCACCACACUAGCUGUCAGACAAGGAGAAGAAAACCUCCUGGCAAUUUUACGACGAAGAUGGUGGAAGUAUAUGAUCCUGGGACUCAUCGACCUGGAAGCAAAUUACCUGGUGGUCAAGGCCUACCAGUACACGACUCUGACCAGUAUCCAGCUCUUGGACUGCUUUGUGAUCCCAGUGGUGAUUUUGCUCUCCUGGUUCUUCCUGCUGAUCCGGUACAAAGCUGUACAUUUCCUCGGCAUCGUGGUCUGCAUCCUGGGAAUGGGCUGCAUGGCAGGAGCGGAUGUCCUCGUGGGAAGACAUCAGGGAGCAGGAGAAAAUAAGCUGGUAGGGGACCUUCUGGUCUUAGGAGGAGCCACGUUAUACGGGAUCUCCAACGUCUGGGAAGAAUACAUCAUCCGAACCCUGAGUCGAGUGGAAUUUCUGGGGAUGAUUGGACUCUUCGGGGCUUUUUUCAGUGGAAUUCAAUUAGCCAUAAUGGAGCACAAGGAGCUGUUAAAGGUGCCCUGGGAUUGGCAAAUAGGACUGCUCUAUGUUGGCUUUAGCGCCUGCAUGUUUGGUCUCUACAGCUUUAUGCCAGUCGUCAUAAAGAAAACCAGCGCCACUUCGGUCAACCUCUCCCUGCUCACAGCAGAUUUGUACAGCCUGUUCUGCGGACUGUUUCUCUUCCACUACAAGUUUUCAGGGCUGUAUCUCCUGUCUUUCUUCACCAUCCUCAUCGGGCUGGUGCUCUACUCCUCCACCUCCACAUACAUAGCCCAGGACCCCCGAGUGUACAAGCAGUUCCGCAAUCCUUCGGGCCCCGCCGUGGACUUACCGGCCACAGCUCAGGUGGAGCCCUCGGUCACCUACACCAGCCUGGGCCAGGAGACCGAAGAGGAGCCCCACGUCCGUGUGGCCUAAGAUGAGGCCCUCCCUGCCCACUGAAGUCACCUCCGUGGCCACGUCGUUCACCCUUCAUCUCUGUAUUGUACAUAGAGAAAGGUAUUUAUUAGGUGCGGUUUACGCAGGUGGACUGCAAGGUAGCAAAUCUGAAAGCCUGUAAGAGGCACAAGCUAAACAUCCCUGGAGUCACGGCCUCCGAGCCACCUGACUUAGAGAGACACCUAGCUAGUGUGUGUCCUGAUCACAACCCUCCUGCAUUAAUUACUGUGAAAACUUUUGAAUUAAAAGCAAGUAUUAUUAUUAUUUGUAUUAUUAUUGUUACUGUUAUUACACUAACUUUCAGGAGGAUGUUUUGUACUCCUGAUGAGAACUAUCGCCAAACCCACAUGUAAUUAACAUAAAUCCCACUUUUCUAUGGCAAGUCACUUUUUAAGAAUCAUACUUUAUUUUUUUGCACAGUCUCUAUGAGUGCUGCAUUCCACAGGAGCUCCACCCUGAGAAGUUUCCUUAGCCUAGGGGCCUGGUGGCUGAUGGUUUCCUCUGUUACCUGUUGGAUUGCCUGCUCAAUAAGUAUUUUGUGCUGUCACCCUUGUGGGGAGGGGCAACUGACCAUAUAAUUCUCUAUUCUAGGAAUAGAUAUAAAGCAAACACUUGAGCUUUUUUAUAUUUCAAUCUCUGAUUACUCCGGGCCAUUGCCUUUCUGUUGUACCACGUGAUUCUGCUAAUGAAGUCCCUGUAAUAAUAGGAUAAGGAACCUUUCAUUU